UUUUAGUUAAAUACAUCUCGCCACGCCGAGUUGCUUCACUUUAAACCGGCAGUACCCGGUGGAUACACGUGUGUGUCGCGAUCGAAAUACAAACACCAAAAUGGUUAAAGUUGACAUCAAAUAUACUAAGUUGUUCAUCAACAAUGAAUGGGUGGACUCAGUCAGUAAGAAAACCUUCCCGACUAUCAACCCUCAAGAUGAGUCCGUCAUUACUCAUGUCGCUGAAGGAGACAAGGCUGAUAUCGACAUUGCAGUAGCCGCAGCCAAGAAAGCUUUCCACCGUUACUCCGAAUGGCGCACUUUGGACGCAUCUCAAAGAGGCCGCCUGCUGCUAAAGAUAGCAGAUCUCAUCGAAAGGGACUACAAGUACAUAUCUGAGCUGGAGACCUUGGACAAUGGCAAACCAGUGAAACAAGCCGAAGGCGAGAUCUUAUGGUCAGCAACCAUCUUCAGAUAUUACGCGGGCAAGGCUGAUAAAAUCCUAGGCAGUACCAUACCAGCUGAUGGUGAGGUCCUGACAUUGACCUUGAAGGAGCCUGUUGGUGUGUGCGGUGCAAUUCUGCCCUGGAACUAUCCAAUUCCUAUGAUUGUAUGGAAAAUCGCUCCCGCAUUAGCAGCAGGCUGCACUCUUGUGAUCAAGCCUGCUGAGCAGACACCUUUAACGGCGCUAUAUGUUGGAGCGCUCAUAAAAGAAGCAGGAGUGCCAGCUGGAGUAGUCAACAUCGUCCCUGGCUACGGGCCUACUGCUGGAGGUGCUCUGACUCAUCACCCCGAUGUCGACAAGAUCGCCUUCACCGGAUCCACCGAGGUCGGACGUAUCAUCAUGAAUGCUGCCGCCGCCGUCAACCUGAAACGCAUCACACUGGAACUUGGCGGAAAGAGCGCCCUCGUUGUCUUUAAUGACGCUGAUGUCGACAAAGCCGCCGACAUUGCACACAGAGCUGCAUUUGCUAAUGCUGGUCAAUGCUGCGUAGCCGCAACACGAACAUAUGUGCAAUCUGGCAUAUAUGACAAAUUCGUUGCUAAGGCUGCUGAAAUCGCCAAGAAGAGAUCCGUUGGUAAUCCUUAUGACGAAGGAACACAACAAGGACCUCAGAUUGACAACGAUAUGUUCACAAAAGUGAUGAAUUAUAUCAAAGCAGGAAAAGCAGAAGGUGCAAAGUGCAUUGCUGGUGGCGAUAGGCAAGGAAAAGUCGGUUACUUCGUCCAACCCACUGUGUUUGCUGAUGUCAAAGAUGACAUGAAGAUCGCUAGGGAAGAAAUUUUCGGGCCGGUACAGAGCAUCCUCAAAUUUGAAACCUUCGAAGAGGUGGUAGACCGAGCUAACGACUCUAACUACGGCCUCGGCGCUGGUGUCAUCACCAAUGACGUCACAACUGCCCUCUCUUUCAUUAGACAUGUACGGGCUGGAUCAGUGUGGGUAAACACCUAUGAACAUGUCACGACGCAAACACCAUUCGGUGGCUUCAAGGAAUCUGGAAUUGGCCGAGAAUUGGGAGAAGAAGGCAUAACCCAGUACCUGGAGCAUAAGACAGUGUCUUUCAAUCUACCAAAGAAACCCCUCGUAUAAAUGAUACCUGGAACUAAACCACAGACUGAUAAAAUAUAUAUACUUCGUUUUAUUAUCUUUAAAAAUAUUUACCUUUGCCAAUUGUAUGUGUAUAACUAUAUAAAUAUUUUCUAGUAACACUGUCUUUAUAUUUCUUUUGAUCC